GGCUGAGAAUAUAAGCGUAAGCAUUCUAAAAAAAAAUAAAAAAGGAAUGGGGGGAGAGAAGACCACUGGUUUACCUUUCCGUUGAUUUCGCUCAUUCCGUUGUCGAUGAAAUCCCCUCUUCUUCCACUUUCCGCAAUCCUCGCGAAGGGCUUUUACUCAAAGGGGUCAAGCGAGGGAGAGAGAGAAGCAGAGUCGCACACAAUAUUUAAGCCAAUUCUCUCUCCUUCCAUCUUCUGCAAAUCGCCACAAUUGAGCCGACUCUGGUUUAAACUCACCCACUUGACCCGUUUCCCCACCCGGGUUGAUCUGGGUCACGCCCAUUUUCUCCGAUCCAUGCUUCGGGGUCGCCGCCAUUGCUGAUGGGUUGUGCCACCUCCAAGCAGGCGGUGUCGGUUACGCCGGCGAUAGACCACUCGGGGGCGUUCCGGGAGAAUGGGAAGAAGAAGGGCGCGGCGGGGGGUCGGAGCCGGGGUGGGUUGUCGGAGGUGGAGAAGAAGAGGGCCGAGUCGGGGCUGAGUGGGAGCGAGUUGGGCGAGUCGGGCAGGGGGAGCUCCUAUGGCGGGAGUGACUCCGUGAGCUUUAGGCUUGGGAAUUUGCAGAAGUACGUUGAGGGGGAGCAGGUGGCGGCCGGUUGGCCCGCCUGGCUCAGCGCCGUCGCCGGAGAAGCCAUUCAAGGUUGGGUGCCACUCCGUGCCGAAUCAUACGAAAAAUUGGAGAAGAUUGGACAAGGUACAUACAGCAGCGUCUUCCGUGCACGUGACCUAGAAACAGGGAGAAUAGUUGCUUUGAAGAAGGUGCGGUUUGACAAUUUUGAACCUGAAAGCGUUAGGUUCAUGGCACGAGAAAUAAUGAUUCUCCGCAGGCUUGACCAUCCAAACAUUAUAAAACUGGAGGGUUUAAUUACUUCCCGGUUGUCAUGUAGCAUAUAUCUUGUUUUUGAGUACAUGGAACAUGAUCUUACUGGACUCUUGGCUUGCCCUGACAUCAAGUUCAGCGAGUCACAGAUUAAAUGCUAUAUGAAACAGUUGUUAUCUGGGCUAGAGCACUGUCAUUCACGAGGUGUAAUGCAUCGAGAUAUUAAAGGAUCAAACCUUCUAAUUAAUAAUGAAGGAAUCCUUAAGGUGGCUGACUUUGGAUUGGCAAACUCCUGCAGCUCUGGGUACAGACAACCCAUGACCAGCCGUGUUGUGACUCUAUGGUACCGCCCUCCUGAACUUUUGCUAGGGUCAACGGAGUAUGGUGCAUCUGUGGAUCUUUGGAGUGUUGGUUGUGUAUUUGCCGAAAUUCUCCUUGGAAGACCACUCCUUCAAGGGAGAACUGAGGUUGAACAACUGCACAAGAUUUUCAAGCUAUGUGGAUCCCCACCUGAAGAAUACUGGAAGAAGUCUAGACUUCCUCAUGCAACUCUGUUUAAACCUCAGCAUCCUUAUGAGAGUUGUCUUUGGGAUACAUGUAAAGGUUUACCAACAAAUGCUGUUAACUUGAUUGAAACUUUACUUUCUGUAGAACCAUACAAACGAGGGAGUGCCUCUUCUGCUCUCAAUUCUGAGUAUUUCACGACAAAGCCUUAUGCAUGUGAUCCUUCAACUUUACCAAGGUAUCCACCUAACAAAGAAAUUGAUGCAAAGAGUCGUGAGGAGACAAGGAGGAAAAAGUCUAGUGGAAGAGUCCGUGGGCCUGAAACAAGAAAAACAAGUAGAAAACCAAAUGGGAUCAAUAAACUAGCACCAGCAGAGGAUUUGGCAGCACAUCAAGGUGUCCAUAAAACUAAUGGUAAUAUGCAUGUUGUUAAAGAACGAUAUGUCUUCCCAGCUGUGGAGCUUCGAAAGGAUGUAACAGAUGAGGGUUCCCAUGUAAAAAAUGCAUCUCAAGGGGAUAUUCCCUUUUCAGGUCCAUUACAAGUUUCAGGGUCAAGUGGUUUUGCCUGGGCAAAAAGGCGAAAGGAUGAUGCAUCCAACAGGUCGCACAGUAGGUCUAGUUCAAAGGGUCUUUAUAAUGCAUUAGAAUCUUCCGCUGCAAUAAAUUCAAGGAAUAAUUUUGACUCGAAAAGGCAUGAAAAUGGGGAUGUCUUGCGUGGACUUCACACUGAUUCCAGGGGCCGUGAUACCUAUGAGAAUGCAAAAUGUACACAGAGACAGUGGGGCCAUUUUGAGCGUCCGGAUUCGUUUGAUGGUUCUGAUGGGUACCAUUCACAGGAACUAACAUGGGCACUUUAUCAGAGAGAGGAAAUGGCAGCUAAGAAAAACAACUCGGUUUAUCAGGAUCAAGGGGACAAGGUUGAAUUCUCAGGACCUUUGUUAUCUCAGUCUCAUAGAGUUGAUGAACUCUUAGAGAGACAUGAGCGCCACAUCCGCCAAGCAGUUCGAAGGUCAUGGUUCCAACGAGGUAAGAAACAAGGGAAGUAAUCGCUGGAUAUAUUAACUCGGCCAACAAAAGGACCAGAGUACUGAUUUCCCUUCCUGGGUAGAAUGACGAUUUUUAGUGUUGUUGCCGAACCCAGCAUUCAGGAUCAUCAACAGGGCUACUGGGGGAAAAAAAAAAAAAGAGCCAUAAACUAGGCAAAUCUUCAGCGGGAGACUCGUAGCAGCAAAGUUGAGAAGCUGGAAUCUGAUGAAACUACAAAUUUCAGUUCACAGCUGCUGGUGCAGUAGGUCAGGAAACAGGGAACAAAGAUGGAACUGAGAUGAUGGACCAGUUCAUCAUUCCAAAUAGAUAUAAAUUGUCAGCAGCUGCUUCUUCUUUUUCAAAUUUAUUGUGUUUUACAUUUCUGUUCAAGAUUUGUGAAAUUUCUCCAGCAGUGUAUAGAUCAAAGUACAGGUUAAUCUAGGGCGAGGAUAGGCUUUGAAUUGGCAUUUGAAAAAAAAAAAAAUUUGUGGGGUUGAUUGCACAUCCAUUUCAUGGGCAACGUUCCCCAUUUCAUGUAGAGUUGUAGUAAAAACAUGUUCUUAAUGGAUUGGGUCCAAACAUUUAUUUUGAUUCA